AUGCUGACCCGCAAGAAGACGCUCCUUAAAGUUAUCAUCCUCGGCGACCUGGGUGUGGGCAAAACCUCCUUGAUGCAGCAGUUUGUCAACUCCAAGUUUAGCCAGCAAUACAAGGCCACCAUUGGCGCUGACUUCCUCACCAAGGACUUGACCAUCAACGGAAAGACGGUUUCUUUGCAAAUCUGGGACACAGCUGGCCAAGAGCGUUUCCAGAGUUUGGGUGUUGCUUUCUACAGAGGCGCCGAUUGCUGUGUGCUUUGCUACGAUGUCACGAAUGAGAAGUCGCUUAACAACUUGGCGUCAUGGAAGGACGAGUUCUUGGUGCAGCUGAACGUGCUGAACCCGCAGGAUUUCCCCUUCAUCAUAAUAGGCAACAAGAUUGACGUGGACGAGUCCAGGAGGAUUCCUUCGUUGCAGAAGAAGUUGAUGAACAUCACCAACAACCAGUUGGGCGGAAUGAACUACCCUGUUUUCGAGACCUCGGCGAAGGACUCCAUCAAUGUCGAGCUGGCCUUUGAGGUCGUGGCCAAGAUGGCCUUGCAGCAGGAGGAGUUGAACGAGGGUGCUCGUAACGACAUCAAUGACGAUUACAACGAUGCCAUCAACAUCCAUCUGGAGAACGAGUCCAGGGGGUGUGCCUGUUGA